AGAAAAACCUUAUCCUACUCAGCUGUUAAUUAGAAAACCCCAACAGUUGUUGUGUGCCGAUUCCAUACCCAAUUCACUUCUCAACUCUGAAACCGCAACCCUCUCUCUCACUAAAUGGCUUCUGUUUCCUCUUCCCCUAUCUGCAACAAAAUAUACAACCUUUCCAUCACCCACUCUUCCAUUUCACUCACCAGCAACUUCCGCCAACGACCCAUAUGCCUGAAACCUCUCACUCUCAACCUCAAGUCCCAAAGUUUCAGUCUUUCCUUUCUCCCACUUCACCGGCUUCCCCCUCCUUCCGCUGCCUUUGAUGGGUUGGAAGUGGCUCAAGACAGCACAGAGUCCCAACAAGAGGAACCACAACCAAACACACUAACCUUUGGAAAAGCAGAACAAGAGGAAGAGCAAAAGGUUUCGGACUCAAACGAUGCUGGGAGGCUCUAUGUUGGAAACUUGCCAUAUUCAAUAACGAAUUCCCAAUUGGCUGAGCUCUUUGGAGAAGCUGGCACUGUGGCGUCUGUUGAGAUUGUGUAUGAUCGUGUCACGGAUAGAAGCAGGGGAUUUGCAUUUGUUACAAUGGGGAGUGUAGAGGAUGCUAAAGAGGCAAUUCGAAUGUUUGAUGGCGCGCAAGUUGGUGGUAGGACUGUUAAGGUAAACUUCCCAGAGGUACCCAAAGGAGGGGAAAGAUUAGUAAUGGGACCAAAAAUACGGAACAACUACAGAGGCUUCAUAGAUAGCCCUCAUAAGAUCUAUGCUGGAAACCUUGGUUGGGGACUGACCUCACAGGGUCUUAGAGAAGCUUUUGCUGAACAGCCAGGCGUAUUGAGUGCUAAGGUCAUCUAUGAGAGGGACAGUGGGAGAUCUCGAGGUUUUGGUUUUGUUUCUUUUGAAACUGCUGAAUCUGCAUCAGCUGCCUUGGACGUUAUGAAUGGUGUGGAGGUACAAGGUCGGCCCUUGCGGUUGAAUUUGGCUGAAGCGAGGACACCUUCAUCUCCUCCAGUAAAUGAUGAAAAUGCAGGAAGCAAUGUUGAAAACUCAGAAUUGGUGUCUAGUGCCAGAACAUAAGGAAAUACAAUCGAUCAAAAUUUUGCCCGCAAAAUGCAUCAUUUAGCUUCUUCCUGAAAGGUUCCUCUUGGCAAAUUUCUUGUCAAUUGCUAGUCACAUUGUAUACACUAACUAGACCUUCAGGGAGUUGUGAAAUGUAGUAGUUAUUGAACAAAUAUUGAACAUAUUAUAAGGGGUCGAUGUUAAUUAUACAGUUCGUAAUUUUGAAAGUCUAGCUUUUCAGGGUUGGAUGAACUAAUAGUGGCUGAUCAACCAUUGUAGGGUAAUUUUUAAAACUAAUUAUGUAAAUUAGGCUGUUUUGAAACUA